GUAGUCGGCAACGGAGCUACGCGGAAUCACUCUACUGCACAUUAUCGUCGAACGAUUUUCCCAAUGUUUUCGAUGUGCGAACCCAAGUGCCGUAUAAAAAUAAUUCAAUGCUGUGAUUAAAAUAAUAUAAAAUGGACGUAGGAAUCGUUGAAGCUAAGCUAUUUGUUGUUCUUAUGUUAUAAGGAAUUAAAUACGUUGGUAGUUUUGUGAAAUUAGUGCGUGAGGGGGUGGUGCCGUGAUGCCAGUUCGUAAGCAAGAAGCCCACCGAGCCCUAGAACUGCUGGAAGACUACCACAGCAAGCUGGUGAAGCCGCAGGACCGGCAGCUGCGGCUCGCCAUCGAGCGCGUCAUACGGAUCUUCAAGUCCAGGCUCUUCCAGGCGCUAUUAGAUAUCCAAGAGUUCUACGAGCUCACCCUCCUCGAUGACAACAAGAGCGUGCAGCAGAAGACCGUCGAGACCAUCCGCAUCGCCAACAAGUGGGAGUGCGAUGGCACGAGGCGAGAGAUUCAACCCAGUGAAGAAAGUGACUACAGAACUAUUUCGAAUGCCUUCCUACAGGAUAGUAACGCAAAACAAGAGAGGCGAAAUGAUACUCCGGAUUCUGCCAAGGGUGACAUCACAAUCUCUCAUACAAUUCCACAUUCCAGUGGGAUUCCCGUUAAUGAGAAGGCUCACAUUACAGCCCCAGAAAUGAAGCAGUUGCAGGUGAACGGUAUAGAAGGCGGCGGCACAGACACUAACGAAGAGGGCUACACGCACCUCACCGUGGUCCUCUCUCGGGCAGGAGGCGCCGGCCUCGGCUUCUCCAUCGCCGGAGGAAGCGACAACCCGCACGUCAGCGAUGACCCGCAUAUCUAUGUGACGAAGUUGAUACCUGGAGGGGCGGCGGCGGCCAGCCAGCUGCAGAUCAAUGAUGCUAUAUUGCAGGUGAAUGACACAAAUGUGGUGAACGUAACGCACGCAGACGCCGUCGACGCAUUAAAGAAAGCCGGGAACACAGUGCGACUUAAAAUAAAGCGUCGCUCAGCGGAAGCGCCCCUCAACAACUCCAGCCAAGUGAAUAAUGACAAGGAGAAUGCUAUCGAGAUCGAGCUGGUAAAAGGCGGGGCUGGAUUAGGCUUCAGCAUAGCAGGCGGGCUAGGCAACCAGCACAUCCCGGGCGACAACGGCAUCUACGUGACCAAGAUCAUGGCGGGCGGCGCCGCGCACAAGGACGGGAGACUCAAGGUCGGGGACAAGCUGCUCGUCGUCAAGAAUACCUCGAAAGGCGACGUGGAGCUAGACAACGUGACGCACGAGGACGCGGUGGCGGCCCUCAAGGCGUCGGGCGAGCGCGUGCAGCUCGUGCUGGUGCCCGGCCCGCGCGCCAAGCCCAGCCCGCGCGCCUCCAGGGCCAACACGCCCUCAAGCACGGGCAACACGCUCCGCCGCGAUGACGUCACCGACGGCGAGGAAGAGACCCCUCGGGUCGUGGAACUGGAGAAGGGUCCCUCAGGGCUCGGCUUCAACAUCGUAGGCGGGGAGGACGGCCACGGGAUAUACGUGUCGUUUCUGUUGGCGGGCGGCGCGGCCGAGCGGUCGGGGGCUUUGAGAAGAGGAGAUCGAUUGCUACAGGUCAACGAAACGGACAUCACACACGCCACACACGAGGCCGCCGCCAAGGCGUUGAAGAGCACGGGCCAGAGAGUGAAGCUGACUGUCGUAUACCGGCCUCAAGAGUACAACAAGUUCGAGGCGCGCAUCAACGAGCUGAAGCAGCACCACACGCUGCUCAGGACCUCGCAGAAGAAGUCGCUUUAUGUCAGGGCGCUAUUCGACUACGACCCGAUCCGCGACGACGGGCUGCCGUCGCGCGGGUUGCCGUUCCGCUACGGGGACAUUCUUCACGUCACCAACGCUUCUGACGACGAGUGGUGGCAGGCCAGAAGGCUUGACUCCACAGACAACGAUGCUAUCGGCAUAAUCCCUUCGAAGCGGCGCUGGGAGCGCAAGCAGCGUGCCAGAGACCGACAAGUCAAGUUCCAGGGGCAAGGCACCCCGGUAAGUUCCAGUAGCCAAUCAACGCUGGAGAGGAAAAAGAAGACCCUUUCGUUCAGCAGAAGAUUCCCAUUCAUGAAGAGCCGAGAAGACGGCAAGUCAGAAGACGGUUCUGACCAAGAACCUUUCAUGCUUUGCUAUACCCAAGAGGACACAAAUGCGGACGGGGAAAUCUUGUACCGAGUGGAACUUCCCAUGAUGGAGGAGAUAACGCUCAUUUAUCUCGAGGACGAGUGCCAAGAUGAGAAUGUGCUAUCUUACGAAACUGUCCAGCAGUUGACUAUAACUUACACCAGACCGGUCAUAAUCCUGGGUCCCCUGAAGGACAGAAUUAACGAUGACCUCAUAUCGGAGUUCCCUGAGAAAUACGGCAGCUGCGUACCACACACGACGCGACCGCGCCGCGACUACGAAGUCGACGGUCGCGACUACCACUUCGUGUCGUCGCGCGAGCAGAUGGAGCGCGACAUACAGAGCCACCUGUUCAUCGAGGCGGGCCAGUACAACGACAACCUGUACGGCACCUCCGUCGCCUCCGUCAGGGAGGUCGCCGAGAAGGGAAAGCACUGCAUUUUGGACGUAAGCGGCAACGCCAUCAAGAGAUUGCAAGUUGCUCAGCUUUACCCCAUCGCCAUAUUUAUAAAACCAAAGAGUGUAGAAUCUAUUAUGGAAAUGAAUAAGCGUAUGACUGAAGAACAAGCGAAGAAAACUUAUGAACGCGCUCUGAAAAUGGAGCAAGAAUUCGCGGAAUACUUUACCGCGGUAGUAACCGGCGACACGCCCGAAGAAAUCUACUCGAAGGUAAAAGCGGUGAUCGAGACGGAGAGCGGCCCGUCCGUGUGGGUGCCGCGCCGCGAGCCGCUGUGAGAGCCCGCCCGGCGGCCCCGCGCCGCCUCCCGCCCCACCAACGUAUUCUACCAGGCAGACCUGCUCUCCGAACUCUAACACUCCUACGCAACAGCGCCUCAGUGUUGCCAGCACUCAAAAAUAUAAUAAGUGUUUCCGGGCAGUUUGAAUUUUGAAUGUUGGUUGGUUAUGGUAAAUUGCUGGUAAUAGCUGAGCGUGCGUUCGGAUUCCUGUCGUGUAGUGCCGUUUCGGUGGGCCGAGGCAGAUAAAAGCAAUAACGGUUACGCGCCCGUAGACCCGAUAGUUAGUCAUGUGAUUUGAUAAGUCGCCUUUAUAGUAAGGAGCGGUAACUCGCCGGAUCACGCUUGUACUAGACACCUCCGUGUUUGUUCGCUAAGAGUUUGUUUCCGCGUAAAAGUUGUCGUUCACUCGUGCAAAUUGUUGACCAAGAACUCUAAGCAAUUUAUAGCGUUCGAAUGUAGUUACACUACGCUUAUGUUUAUGUGCAAAUCUUAUUAACUAGUGGUAAUAUUUUAACAUUGUAUGCGAUAUAUCAUACAUUAAUUGAUUUCUCUAUAACGACUUUCUUCAUUGUUUGACACGGCACACGUAAUGUGCUUCAAUUAACUAUGUAAAUUUAUUGUAUAUUGAAAUUUUAUAUGAUAUUCAAGUUUAUUUACUCAGGUUGCUAGAUACAUUUUGAAUCUGCAUUAGCAAUGAAGUUGACGUAUCGCGUAUGUCGGUAUAUAAGUACUAGGUAGUGAGUGAGAGACGUAGCGUGACCCCUCGCACAUCCCGCAUGGCUAGAGAAGUACCUACAUCAUUACAAAUAUCUGGAUUAUUUGCUCAAGAGCAAUCUGUAUUUGUAGCUAUUGAAUCUCAUAUAUUCUGCACUAUAAUGUAUCGCGUUAGUCGAGGUGCAAGUUGUUUGUUGAUCAUUUUUAUAGUAAGCAAUUGUGUUAUACGGUGUGAAACAUCUCACCAAUUUAAAUAGUGUUUGACAUUAAUUUAUUGAGAAUUUUAUUUUCUUACUGAAUUACGGAAUGCCCAUCUGCAAAUAUGGCGCCGACGCGGAUUUACGAUUCGAAUAUUGUGUCUACUAUUACUUGGUGUAUACUUUGCUUUUUAUUGUUACUAGCGGAUAUCAACUUGCAAUAGAUAGGUAUAACAAUGUAUUGAACUUAUUAUGAUUGUACUUAAUUACCUAAUAAUUUUAGCAAUGGAAGUAUUAUUUCCCAAGAUAUUUUUUCUUGCGAUAUUAUAACAUGACAAUUUUACUGAGUUUUUAGAUAUAAAGGAAUUACUACUCUAUAGUACAACAUAGAUUAAAGCAAUGCAGUCGAAAACUAGGUCUACCAAAGAAGUAUAAUCAGAUAUAAAAUAAAUAAGAUACAAAUGAGAUUUAAAAUAUAAUUGAUUUUAAUGUUUGAUAAAGUUAUUAAUAAACUAAGUUGGCAGUAAUUCCUUUAAUAAUUUGUAACAUUCUACUUUCUGUAAAUAUACUAAUGAUUUUAUUGUAAUUUAUUUUUAUUAACCCUAAUUUAGCUCCCCAUUGUAUUAACAUUUAAUUGUGGAAAUGUUCUAAUAGGUAUUUAUUUUUAUGGAUUUAAGUAGGUACUCUAUUUUAAAUAAAGUAAUUAUGUGUGUUUAUCUGUGUAUAAUAAUGAAUUUAUUGUAACUAAAGUCACUAUAGUUAUAAAAGUCUAUUUUAUCUAAAACCCAUAUUUGCAGAUGAGAACAAUGUUUAUGAGUUAGUGAUGUUCAAUAGACUAGUUUGAAUAAAAUUAUUUACGUUGAAAAUUC